UUUUCUCCUUACUCUUGCAGACGAACAAGGGAGAUGAGCUGUCAAGCCGGAUACAGAGCAUGCUGGGUAAUUACGAAGAGGUGACGGAGCUGAUUGACAACCACGCCCAUCAGGACUUCAUUGGCAUUCCUAAAAGCACUGCCUCCACCCCGGCCAAGGAGAAGCCCGGCCGGCCUCUGCACACGGACAAAACGCAACCCCCCUCGCAUCACCCUCCCAGGCCCGGGGUGCCUCCGCCUCACCCCUCCCCCGGUAGCAGCUGCUCCUCUCAGCAAUCUAGGCAGCCACCCCUCCCCGAGCACAGCCAGAAACCCCCGGGCUCUGGUUCCUCGUCUCUGCGGCUCGGCCAAGCCCCCGACUGCCACCAGAGGGGGGGCGACGCCUGGUCCGACCUGGACGACGGCGCCGACCUGCCCGCCUUGCUGCCGGCUCUGUCCCCUCCGGCGGAGCCGCUCUCGCCCUUACAUUCCAGCGAGCCCAGCGAUGGGGAGCCCCUGGACGCGGAAGACGAGGGCCGCCCCGAGCCCCGCGGUCAAGGGGAGGGCGGGCCGGCGGAAACCGCCAGGAAGGACAUUCCGUCAGCCGCCGCCAACGACGCCGCUGCCGCCGUCCCGCUGCCCUCCCAGACCUUCCCCCCGCCGCUGCCCUCCAAAACGAGCCUGGCGAUGCCGCAGAAGCCCACCGCCUACGUCAGGCCGAUGGAUGGGCAAGACCAAGCGCCCAGCGAGUCUCCGGACCUGAAACCUUCCCCCGACGACUUCCACGGGCAGUCUUACGGGAACUUCUCGGAUCUAAAGAUGGCCGCCAAGGCCAAGCUGUCCAGCCUGAAAAUUCCUUCCCAGCCCGCGGAGACUUUGUCAAAUGAGGCCCAUUGUGUGGAAGAAAUUCUAAGGGAAAUGACCCAUUCGUGGCCUCCUCCUUUGACAGCCAUUCACACACCGAGUACAUCGGAGCCAUCGAAAUUCCCCUUCCCUGGAAAGGAAUCUCAGCAUGUUAAUUCUGGUUUUGUGGGACAGAAACAGUGUGGUCCAUCUCAGAAAGCACCACCACCAACCUGUCAGCAGGGAUCAGCGGCUCCAGAGACCAGCGGCGUGGUGCUGACGCAUUCCAGCGGGGGGGAGUCGGCCAGCUCCAGCGAGUCGGAGAGCACCUCGGGCUCGGAGUCGGAGAGCGAGAGUAGCUCCAGCGACGGCGAGGAGGCUCCCCAGCCCCCCAGGAGCAGCCCGCCGGCGCCCGAGAAUGAGAAGUCGAGUGUCAACAAAUGGCAGCUGGACUACUGGUUGGUCAAAGUCAACCAGCAGAACUCGCACGCCGACAGCCAGGGCGACCUCGUCCCGAGCACCAGCCCGGAGACCAAGCAGCACGGAGGGGAGGAAGGUAGCCCCGCGGAGGGGUUCAAGCCCAAAGACUCCUGCCCCCCGUCUGAGCUCAGUGACGGUGAGGCCAAGGGCACCCAGGAGGCUUCUGACCAUCCCCCUCCCAGCCGGAAGUCCCCAGCAUGCAUUGGGGCGGCGAGCCAGAAGCAGCCUGCCGGCGGGAAGCAGCCUCGCAAGCCGGCAAAGGUCCUGCUGCCCGAGGGCAGCCGGAAGGAGGAGAGCGGCCGGCUGUCGCCCCGGCGCAAGGACCCGCCCUUCACCGAGAAACCGAAGGUCAAGACGAAAAACCGCCGCGACGGGAGCGGCGCCCAACCGGAGGAGACCCACAAGUCCGCGAGACGCGCGGCUUCCAGCGGCAAGAACUGCCGAGAGCCGGCCUCGAAGCGGACGCACUGCGAGGGGGUGGGGGAGGGGGAGGGCGCCGCCCGGGCCCCCAGCCCGAAGUGCGAGAGCCGCCACCCCUCCCUGUCGGUAAGGACUAGCGCCUGCCUGGCGGCGCCGGAGCCCAAGGGCGGUGCCAAGAGAGGCAAGGCGCCGCCGCCGCCGCCGCCGCCUGCUGAGGCUGGCGGUAAGGAGGCGGCUCCCCGCGCCAUCGCGGAGCCUCCCCGUACCCUUGUGGUCAAGAUUGAGCUCCGGCUGCUGUCCAGGAUCCCACAGCCGGCAGGCCAGCCGGGCAAAGCGGCCCGGAAGAAUCGCGGCGUGGACAGGAAGAGGCAGGAGCCCGGGAAGGAGGAAAUGGUCGCCACUCCCAAAGUCCCCAAAAAGAGACCGGCCGAGCCAGAUGGAAAAUCACUGGAAAGAAAAAAACCGAAGCUGGAUAAAGAACUCAAGCCAUCAUCUUCACAUCGUAGCUCACAUACAGCCAAGCUGCCGAAGUGCGGCGCGGGGAAGGAGAAGCGGAAGGCGAAGGCUCCUGUGCCCCUGGCUCAGGAGCCAUCGAGAGGGGCAGGCCGCAAGAGGCAGAACAGCGAGAGCGGCACCGCUAGCAACGCCAAAGACACCGGCCCUGCCUCCACCAAGCACAAGAGGACCACGGGGGAGCGAGCAGAGCACCCAAAGAGCGGCAAGAAAGCCACACAGAGCAGCUGCCCACCCUUCCCAGUGCCUUCGUUGCCAACAGGAACCUCAAAGCCAUCCAGACCAUUGCUGAAGUUUGAUGACAAGCAGUAUCCUGUAGAACAUUACAUGAAGGAAGCCAAGACAUUGAAGCACAAAGCUGAUUCCAUGGCGGACAAAACCGAAAAAGCUUUCAACUACCUGGAUGCUGCUGUGUCCUUCAUCGAGAGUGGAAUCGCCAUGGAGACAGAUCCCCAGACCCCAAAGUCUCCAUAUACCAUGUUCUCUGAAACCUUAGACCUGAUCAGAUUCAUACUGAAGCUGAAAAACUUUGUUGACCCUUCUGCUCUGGCCCGUGAGAAAGACUUUGCGGUUUUAUGCAUGCGCUGUCAGUCCCUUCUGCAGAUGGCCAUGUUUCGAUACAAAAGGGAAGCAGCGCUGAAGUAUUCUAGGACACUUACCGAGCAUUUCAGGAGUUCGUCAAGGUCAGCACAAGCUCCUUCACCCUGUGUUGGAAAGGCUACCGGCACAGCCUCUCCAAUGUCGCCCAUGCCCUCUCCAGCCAGCUCCAGCAGCUCGGGGCCCGGCUCCAAUCACAGCACUGGCACGGGCGCCGCGACGACGGUCGCCAUCCCUCAGGUCAUCCAGCAGGUGGCCUCCUCCUACGUCAGCAUCACGGCCCUCUUCCUCAGCGCUCACGAGAUCUGGGAACAGGCGGAAGCUCUGGGGCACAGGAGUCGCGGGCUUCUUGAGGAGCUCAACUCCGCAAUGGGCCCACUGAGCCUCACCUCCAGCAUAAGAGACCUGGUGCGUCACACGAGACAGGGCCUGCAGUGGCUGAGGCUGUCGUAGACGACAGGCCCUCUGUCCGUGUGUCGAGGACGCUGCUGGAAAACCGCCCUGACCAGUUUGCACUUAGGCAGCCAAGUAAACAAGUUGACAAACGAGCCCCUUUUUUCCCUCUAUUGACUGAAGUGCGAGAGAGAGAGAGAGAGACACAGCAGCAAGCCUGUCUUCACCUGCGUCUCCACAGCAGACACCAGAUAGAGCUGGGACAAGCAGAAAAUCCACCAAGCGAUCUUUUUAAGCAUUCUCUUCUCCCAUUACAGUAUUUUUUUUUUUUUGCUCCUCUGGAGCUGAAGAGGGGAUCUGUACAAUUCCUUGCCCUUGUGGCUUCCCUUGAACAAACGGCAGCGACGUUCGAACUGUGCUUUUCAUCCCAGCGGCGAUCUCCACCCAAGGCGUGUGCCAGUCGGGCCCUGGCUGAAGCUCCAGCUGUGUGCAGAGUCGAAGCUGCACGCCCAUCUCUCACCAGCUCGCAAUGCAGCGGCUGAAACAUCGGAGAAACGGGCAGAUUGUUGCGGUCGUGCUAAAGAUGCCUCAGAACUACAGCUGAUUUCCUGCUGCCUUUCGCAGCAGGUUGUGCAAUUGAAUAUUCCACUGGCGGGCACAGAUGUUUUAACAUAACUUGGGGCACUGGGGUGGUGCUUGGGGUUGUGCCAGUCACUGCAUUUUGGCUUUUACUGCACUAGCCUGGAAAGGUCUCCUGAAUCUGGGUGGCACUAAACGGUGCCUUUGUUAGAGCUCAUCGUGUAUUUUAAUUAAAUUCGUUACUGGAGGCAGAGGCUUGGGCUGGCACUUUAGAAAACAUUAAUUGCUUCAUCGUAUUCUUAUUCUUGGGUGCCAUUUUUUUUUUCCGCCACAGUAAUGCUGCACAUCAAAGUCUUAUUUUUUUAGUUUUUUAAAAAAAAUUAAAAUUGCCACUUUAUGAGCAAUGCUGGCUUCCUCAGAAACUUGGAAAAUAUAUGUGUUUGCAGUAUAGGACCUUGAUCAUGCAUCCUCUAAGGUUGUUGCCAGUACCCAUCAGUCAUGUACACUCAUUCAUAAAUCUGAAAAUCUCUGCUGUUUCUCCUUUGUAGUUCAUAAGCAGAGCUUGUUAGUUCAGAAAUGAAAUUGGACAAGUGAUGAGUUUUGUUUUGGGUUUAAGGAAUACCUUUUGCAUGUUCCAAAUGGAGCUCUCUAUAACCACUGCAUUAGAGAGUUAAAACAUUAGGAUUUCUAGUCCAGGGAAUUUCGAUGAGGAAGAUGCAUUGUAACUUUGGAGUAAUAAAAGCUUGUGAGGGGAGAUGUUUUUUUUCCCACGCUUGGAGAAAUGAAGGUGCUUUUCUUGUAAGUGUUGUGAGAAGGAUUACAUUUAUUUUUUUUUGCUUUCAGUUCAAUUUCAGAGAUGUAAAAACCCCAAACAUGAGACCUGUUCCUCUUCUGUGUUCUUGUCUCCCAUCUGAUACCUUUCUCGUAGAACCACAGCACCCUCACUGCAUUCUGUAGGCCAAACACCCAGUUUCGAAUCGGUCCUUUAGUGAACACAACUGUUCAGUUGCUUGUAUCCUUCAAUAUAUAAGAGAAGCGGCCUGCUGUUAAAGUCAGAAUGUUGCAUAUUCUUUCCUUGCUGCCAGGAGAAAAGAUUGUAGGAAACUGAAAAAAUUGAGCCUUUCCUGAGUAUCUCCCAUCUUGCAGAGGUUGAGCUGGUACUCACUUUUUUGUGUGGCUGAUACACUGUGGUGCCUUGGAUAAUUUAAAGCUGUUCAUGUAGGACUCAGAUAUUUAUUUAUUUUUAUCCCAGGAGGUACAGUAAGACUGCAUUAUUUUAAGAAAUAUUAUCGGGUCUCAGCUAUUUCCUCCAUAUCGUUUGCUGCCUUGUCGGUAGGGGAACAGUUAGCAAUUCAAGUCGUGGGAAGCUGUUGGACGGAAAGGUAGUCGAAGGUUUGAAUGCAGGUGUUUCCUCAGUCUGAUCCAACACCGAUACCUUUGUGAGAAAGGGAAUUCAUCCUUCUGCGUUUCCACUUCCCUGCCACGGUUGCUGUCGGGUUUGGUUUAUGAGAAAACUUGCCAGGAAGAGAUUUCAGGAGUCGCCUGUUCAAAGAACCGAAGGGGUUACCUUUUUUUUUUUUGUCGUCGUAGGGAUGUGAAAAGAUAAGGUUGCGGGACCCACAUAAUGUGCGAUUUUGUUUUGCUCAAACUUCUGCCUUUGAAGUUCGUUUGUGUUAUCAGGAAACAACUCUGCUUCGUGGGGACCUGUUUCUCUUUCCUUUUGUUCAGGAAAACGGGGGCACGGCAACACUAUCCAUCACGGCCAUGAGGAAGAGAUGAGAAGUAGAGAUUGAAUGCGCUGACUCCGGCACAUUUUUUUAUUUUUUUUUUACCCUCACGGUUAGUGGCUGCUCCUUCAUUAAGCCAGAAGAAAUGGAGCGUGGCGGCUAGCUUGAGUUUCCUGGAAGCAGGGCUGGGUGUGGACAGGCGUGCGAUGGAGGGGGGCAGUCUAAAUUGGAGGCUUGAGGAAGCCCGAAGCUGGAUGAGCGCAGGCAGGGAAUCGCUGGUUUCAGCACCAGAUGGGACCCCCAGUUGCACUGCUGAUUCAGCCCCACCUGGCUGGAACUGGUUGGGUGGGGGGUGGCUUGUGCUUUGGGGGGGGGUGCGAGUCAGAGCCCCAGUGUAAGGUUGUGGUUCCCAGUGUAACUGCACAUCAUCGCCCCCUUGUGGUGGCCCUGUGGGCCAGGAUUUCUCUUGUGCUAGCGCCGAGGUGCAGCCAUGACAGUGAGAGAACGGGUCAUUUGCUACGCAGGGUGAAAGCUGGCAAGGCUUUUAAAGUUCACUUUCUCUUCGGUCCAACUCUGCCAGGUUUCCAAAGAACUGGAAACAUUUUGUGGAAAAGCUGUCUGACAGUCUGUCACCAUGAAUAGAAUAUCACUCUUUUCACUAAAGCAGUAUUUUUAACAUUAUGGGAAAUCUGCCUCCAUUCCACUUUCACCUCCCAGGAUCCUGGAUUUUUAUGCUUGGACCUUGCAUGGUCACAGCAGAGUGAUACAAGGUCUGCUCUUAAAUUUGUUGGGCUUUACAGAGUUUAAUCAUUAAAUUGACUAUUUUUAGUAGGCCAGAUUUUGAACAUUAUUAUUUGUUUUGGGCCUGAUUGCAGUGCAGCUGUGAGCUCUAACAGUCCUGCUAAUCAAGAAUUUGAACAAAACAUGGUGGUAGACUGCCUAAAUAAGAGUGCCUGCACCCAUCUUAACGUCCUGCAAACCUUUUGUACUUUAAUUCAGAAUAUGUUCAAAUAUGAAAAUUAUAUCACCAGUUUGGAAAUUACAAAAAGAUUUAGCAUCCAUGAAAAGAGAUCAGACUGUGACAAUCCUAUGAUGUCCUGGUUAAUGUAGCCUGGAGCAGUCUGGCUCCUGUUAGCUGUUUUUUUUUUUCUUUGUAUGAUUUGCAAGGUAUUAUAUAGACAGAUAUUUAAUUUUAUUUGUGGAUAUAUUUAUUUUCUUUUUUUUUGUUGGCAAUGUUAUGACCAAAUAGGGCUUUUCUUUAUUUAUUUGCCUGUUUCUCCUCUCCUCUUUCAGAGCAAUUUACAGUCCACAUGAUACAAAAUUCCCAGUAUGUUAAGACUUUUGUAUUAGAUGAGUUAAUGAAGCAGUAUUUUCAGCUUUUCUCCAAUGUGUCUUAAAAUUAACCAGUACAAUCAAGCCAAGUAUCGAAACGUUGUAACUAAACUGUGAUAAGUCUGAUCACUGUCUCUGUCAGUGUUUUUGUAGAUAUCAUUGAGAAAUCUUAACUGGGAAGCACUCAGUUCUGCUAGGAGCUACAUGUGUUCCUCAACAUAGUAAUUUGUUUUCAUUUUAUCAUAAGGGAAGAAACAAGAAGUGUUUUGUGAUGAAGACUAAAAAAAUAAGUUGAAUAAAGUGGCCAGUCCAGACAGUCAUACUCAAACAUUGCAUUAAGCCAGUUUACCAAUAGUGUGAUCAAUGCGAGAGAACAAAACAAUAGAUCAUUCACAUUGCAAGCUUGUUUUUAAAGUUAGACUUCUUGGUUAUUGUGGGUUUACUGGAGAGACAUUUUUAAUAAUAAUAAAAAAAGCUUCAGGGGUUUUGAAGAAGCACAAAAGCAAAGUUUAAUUUUGUAAGAACUAUAUUUUUUACUGAACGAUAUUGGAUGGUAUAAAAUGAUGUGAGUAUAGAGGUACAACAGCUUUUAGGUUUGUUAUUAAUGUGGAUUUUCCCAAUAUGGAUUCUUUCCAUUUUUGCUUAAACAUACCCUUUGCUUUUCCUAAGUUUGUACUCCUUCAGUGUACAAACAAUGGCCAAUUCUGCUUCAUAAUAUAAGGAGGGUACCUCAUGUGUACUGUGUGAUGUUUCUGUAUUUAUGGUACCAGCAAAGCUGCAAAAUAACAUUCUCCUCCUCUUUCUGUAUUCUGCCUAGAUGCCCUGUCUGAUAACUCUCCCUCAGAAUGGGACUGUAAUGAUUAAGAACCUAAUCAUCUUUCAUAUUUUCAAUCAAUGAAGACUCCCGAGUCUACCGCAGGGAAAAAUUGCAUUUUUAGGUUCAGCAAAACUGAUGGUUACGUGCUAUGCAGCAUUAGAUAGUCUCGGUGAAUGUGCUAGCUUCAUAUCACUUUUGUGUGGAUAUACUGUUGUACACACUGCGUGUGUUUGUAUUUCUCUUUACAUACAUACUGUGUAUUUGCUUAUGUUCGUGUAGGAGCAUGCGCAAAUACAUCUAUAAGGGCUUUGAAGUCAAGAUAUUUACACAGUAACAUACUGGGAAAAUGUGCAAAAAAGUUUUGUUUAGCUCUUUCCAGUUUUCCUUCGUGAACUUACGUAAAUAAUUUGAGCUAUCUUGUACAGAGAUGUAGAAACACUACUAUUGCUGAUUCAUUUUCUUUUACUUUGAAAAAUGCCUCUUUUUUUCCAAAGAAGCUGUUCUGCAGAUUGUUUUGCUUAGCAGCUGUUGUUGAUGAAGAUAAACGGUUGUGAAAGAAAUGGGGUAAAUGGGUAAACUGUCAAAAUCCGCCCUCUUUCAACCAGGACUCAAUGUAUUUUGAAAUACUUCAAUGGACAAUAAAAUUGGGGAAAAAAUCUG